AAACCAAUCUUGUCACAAGCACCAGAACGAGUUUACUGAAAAACCAUGCUAAAACCCAGAUUUUGGAGAGCCAACUUCUGAUUUCGGCAAUGGCGAAAUCAAUCUUCCUUACCAAUUAUCUAUCUUUGGUCUUAGCUCGGCCAACAUUCAUGGCCACCUCCUCCACACCUCACUCUCUCUUACUACUAUCUUCAAGCCUCAAACUUGUCAACAGAACCUCUUCUCUUCUCUCAUCUUCUUCACUUUCCUUUUGUACUUCUACCAGGUACCCGCUUCAAUACGAUAUGAUCAUUAAUCGCCCAACUCAGGCCUCACUCGACCAGACUCACCUCCGCCGACCCGCCCGAUGCAGCACACCCAACUCGGAUUACGGGCCGGAAGAGGAGGAGGAGAAUCUGAAACCCAUUUCGGAAUUGGGAUUUGAGGGGUGGGUUGAUCAGAAACUAGCUUCGGAGAAGAAGGAAACAGAGCGACCCAGUUCUGAGAUUAUGGAGAUGGACAAGGCUAAGAGGAAGUACUAUAACAAGAGGAGGCAGAGGAUGUACGGUACGGAUUCUGAUGAAGAAGAUAGGAGGAGAAAUGAGGAUGGUUUUGUGGAGUUGAAGCCAGAUGUGGUUGAGUUUUCGAGAUUGCAUAAGCGAGAAGAGGAGUUGUACUUUUACGAUACUUUUUGUUAUCCAUGGGAGAAGGAGAAGCAUUAUAAGAUGGUGUAUAAGUUGGAGAAGAAGUAUUUUCCUGACCAGUGUCUGGACAAGGCAUUUCUUGAACCUGGAGAGUCCAAUGCGAAUGUUGUUGCUGAGAAUCGAAAGGGGAAAGUUGUGGCGAGGAUGACGAAAAAGAAUAUGGUGGAUGAUCAAAAAGAUGAGCAUGGUGAUGAAGUGGAUAGUAACAAGGGACUUGUUUUCUUUGAGGAAGGGGGUGAAGAAAAGAGAAGUAGAGAAUCGGGGAAGGAUGCCAUUAGUAAUGAUGUAACGGAGAAGAAAGUAGAGGAGUUCUUUAAGUGUUUGAAGAAAGUUCCCAGUAAGGAUGCUGUGGUUGAUAAUGGGGAACCUUACCUUGUGACUAGGAGUACUGAGCUUCCACCAAGAUGGGACACUCCCAAUGGGACAGUGGUUUUGAUCAACAAACCGAAAGGAUGGACUUCAUUUACAGUUUGUGGAAAGCUGCGUCGCCUUGUCAAAGUGAAAAAGGUAGGGCACGCUGGGACUCUUGAUCCUAUGGCAACUGGUUUAUUAAUUGUUUGUGUUGGUAAAGCAACUAAGUUGGCAGAUAGCUAUCAAGCUAUGUUUAAGGGUUACAGUGGAGUUUUCCGUUUAGGCGAAGCUACUUCCACUUGGGAUGCUGAUUCACCAGUUAUUCAGCGUGAACCUUGGGAGCAUAUCAAAGAUGAGGACAUAAAAAAAGCAGCAGCAACCUUUCGGGGCGAGAUCUGGCAAGUACCUCCAAUGUUUUCUGCCAUCAAGGUCGGAGGUGAAAAAUUGUAUGAGAAAGCUAGAAGAGGAGAAAGCAUUGAACUUUCACCGCGACUCAUUUCAAUCUUCCAGUUUGACAUUGAACGUAGUUUAGAUGACAGACAAAAUUUAAUUUUUCGGGUUACAUGUUCCAAAGGGACAUACAUUAGGUCUCUAUGUGCAGAUUUUGGAAAGGCUCUUGGAAGCUGUGCUCAUUUAACUGCUCUUCGCAGAGAUUCAAUUGGAGAAUAUUCUGCAGAUGAUGCUUGGGAAUUCAAAGAGUUGGAAGAAGCAAUUACCAAAAACUAUUUCUAGUUGCUGAUUGAAGUCAUUAUAUGCAUGUCUCUACAAAUUUUCGCCUAUAUAUGACAAACCACAGAAAAGGUUCCACCCUUUUUUCAAGCUUUCUAUAAAGUCAGUUCUUUUUUCUUCUUAAAUUUUGUUAUUAUAAUGUGAAUUUAUUUAUUUUUAUACCAGAGUAAAUUCUUUUCUUCCUAAGAAUUCGUUAAUUUUCCAAUGAAAUACACUAAACUUAACGAUCUAAGUACAAAAUUUUCAAGAGAGAUGUUUUUAGACCAUAGUAAUGGUGACAGGAAGCAUGAGGAUAUAGUGCAACAAAAAUUGCUGAAGGUCCAUGAGACAAACUUGAUCGAAAACAAAGAUUCUGGUGUUCGAGCUUUUGCUUCGACAGACACACAGGGUUGAAGAUCUUUUGAGGAUGUUUGAUACAAAAUGUUUGAUGUGUGCUUUACUUGUCUUUAAAUUAAUGGAAUUUGUGAAUAAUUUUGUUAUGAAACACAAUGCCCCAAAGGAAUUUUUUGAGGUGUUUUGCAACAAAACCGUUUUGUGAUCUGAA